AUGGGCGUGCUCCGGGCCGGACUGUGCCCGGGUCUCACCCAGGACAUGGUCCAGCUUCUGCGGAGCCGCGGGAUCAAGACAGUGGUGGACCUGGUUUCAGCAGACCUGGAGGAAGUAGCCCAGAAAUGUGGCUUGUCUUAUAAGGCCCUGGUCGCCCUGCGGCGGGUGCUGCUGGCUCAGUUCUCAGCUUUCCCCUUCAAUGGCGCUGAUCUCUACGAGGAGCUGAAGACCUCCACUGCCAUCCUGUCCACGGGCAUUGCAAGCCUGGACAAACUGCUGGAUGCUGGUCUCUAUACUGGAGAAGUGACUGAAAUCGUAGGAGGCCCAGGUAGCGGCAAAACCCAGGUAUGUCUUCGUGUGGCUGCAAACGUGGCCCAUGGCCUGCAGCAGAACGUCCUAUACAUCGAUUCCAGUGGAGGGCUCACAGCUUCCCGCAUUCUCCAGCUACUUCAGGCCAGAACCCCAGAGGAGGAGGAGCAGUCCUAUCCUUCCUUCCCACGGAGCUCUGACUUGGCUUUGCAGCUCAGCACCCAGGCAGCCACCUUGGCGGGAGCUCUCCAGAGGAUCCAGGUGGUGCGUGCAUUUGACAUCUUCCAGAUGUUGGAUGUGCUGCAGGACCUGCGAGGCGCUGUGUCCCAGCAGGUGAGCAGUUCUUCAGGGACUCUGAAGGUGGUGGUUGUGGACUCGGUCACUGCGGUGGUCGCCCCACUUCUGGGAGGUCAGCAGAGGGAAGGCUUGGCCUUGAUGAUGCACCUGGCCCGAGAGCUGAAGACUCUGGCCCGGGACCUCAGCGUGGCACUGGUGGUGACCAAUCACGUGACCCGAGACAGGGACAGCGGGCAACUCAAACCUGCCCUGGGACGCUCCUGGAGCUUUGUGCCCAGCACCCGGCUUCUCCUGGACACCGGCCAAAGUGCAGGAGCAUCAGGCAGCUGGCGCAUGGCGUGUCUGACCAAAUCUCCCCGUCUGCCAACAGGUUUCCAGGAGAUGGUGGACAUUGGGACCUGGGGGACUCCAGUGCAGAGCCCAACAUUACAGGGAGAUCACAUGUGA